ACUGUAUAUAGCCAAGGGGUCUUAGCACUUUCCUACAAAAAUCCUACCUCCAUUUUUUCAAUAUCCCAAAAUUUUCAUUGGAUGAGAUGUUUUUGACAAAUUACUCAUCGGUCGCGGGUAUAGUCUUGAGUCUUGGUUCAAAUUUUUAAACACGCAUGGCCAAAAAGUUCUUGUAUGUUGUUAGCUCUCCCGUAGUGACUGAACUAAGCUGGAGGAGUUUAAUCCCCCAUGCAAUCCAAAGUGCAUACGAAUGCAGACAAUGGCUACGGACUUAGGCAACACAUCAUACGUUUACUUCAAAUUAAAAUUAACAUUUAUUUUCUCAUUAUACAAUUAUUAGCCGUGAACGUUCCUGUUAUAACAUAUAUCUCUGAUAUUUAUAUGGAAGAUAAGUAUUCAGAUACCUCAGAUGAGAUUACAUUUGAAUUACAAUAAGGCACGCAAAAUGAUAAUUAAUGCUAGGCACAAUGGGAUUUCAAGCACCCUUAUCAGUUCAAAUGACUGUAAGAUACCUUUUCAGUAACAUGAUUGUGUAUACAAUAGUUUGAUAUCGAUAAAGAUAAAAUAAACUGUCGCUAUCGCAGUAAACAUUUGCUCGGUUGUAAUUUGUUUCUUGAGAACGUCAACAAAAGUCAUCUCUGGUAGCUUCAUAAGAAUACGGAAAUUCUACAGUUUCAAACGAGAGCAUUUAUUUGGUGAGUACGGAAUGAUAGAAAUGAUUCAAAUUAAGCGCCUCGUGACGCAUUUUCCGUGUUUCCUCCCACCCAUGCGCGUAGCCACACCGACCGAAUAUAUAUAUACACGUGCCAGAUGCAUUUUCCAUUUUCUCAAACAAUUCGAUAAUUUCGCGAGUUGAGCAAAUUGUGAUGCUGAAGAAGUAAAUUUUCUAGUCUAUUUUUUUACUUAUUACGAAAGGCUGAAGACGUAGGAUACUUGUGGUAAGAGAAUAGAUGCGCUUUUACGAUUUUUGAUUAUGUAGAAGUGUCUCGAGCUAUCUAGGGUGGGGCAUGCUCUUGUAUUGAAUGUGAAUAAUUACCGCCACGUGUUGUGAUGUUUGAUCGCAUUCGUGAGACUUCGAAAUUGAUAAUGUUCUGAAAUUUAAAGUAAUUGUAAUAAUCACGAUCAUAAAAUUUCACCGGAAGGUUGGGAUAUAAAAUGGUACAACAAGACACUACAAAUUCCCUAGACGAGUCAUCUUCUGCGGUGAUGACCAUACCUGACAACCCAGCGAAGGGCAUCCCAGAGGGGAAGUACCGACUGGUCGGAUGGGGCAUCGACACCACUGGCCGCCGUCUCAUUGAUGAGAUCAUACAGAUCGCGGCUUACACGCCCGAUUCAAAGUUCUCACAGUACAUCAUGCCAUUCGCAGACAUCAAUCCCAUCUAUAUUCACAGGCAUGGCAUUAAAGUGAUCAAUACAAUCCGCUAUAGGAGACUGAGGGACCUGAAUGCCAACCAGUUUGUCAAGACCAAAAGUGAGAUUUCUGCAUUGCAGGAUUUCUUGCAAUGGUUGGAGACUGUCAAGACGGAUGAUGUAGAUGGUUUGAUACUCAUCUACUAUGAAGUCCGCAAGGCUUCACCAAGCAUGCUGUUAGAAUCUUUGAGGCGUCAUCAGUUGAUCGACAGGUUCUCAAUGGUGGUGAAGGGCUUUUGCAAUGGCUUCAACAUUGUGCAGGCCAAGUGUGCUAACACGACAAAGUCUUUCAACUUGCGAGUCAUGUCGAAAGUGCUGUUGAACAAGGAAGAUGGAAGCUUCAACAACGCCGUUGACAGGGCUGUCGCCUCGUUUGACAUCGCCUCUCACUUGGCUCAAAGUGAAAGGGAAGAACUGGAGAAGCCUGCUUCAGGUAUGACAGGUUUCGAACGGCAUCUGAUCCAGUUCAUAUGCCCAUAUUCCAAUGCUAUCGACGACGAGGAGGAAGAGAUUAGGUCGUUUAAGGUAUUGCUAGAAAGACAGAAUACAUUCCGGCCUGUGUUUGGUGCCUUAUUGCGGGCCAGUAGCUCCGAGCGUCAACACGCCAGCCAUCUUAGGAGGCUGCUAGCAGAAAAUGACAUCAACUAUGACAAGCUGAAGAUCGCGUACGACGAGAGUGCCAAGGAGGGUCUGGAGAAGAUCAUCAAAGCUGGGGUGCCAAAUGGAGAAGAGAAAGACAUUGAAGAACUGUUGAAUAUUCUCGAUUGUUUCUUUGACCCAUCCAAAAAAGCUGUCCAGCCGAAAGCGGGGAUCUCUGCAAGGUUCUACCGUCCAAUGGGCGGACGUAACAACAAUCGCAAACGUCGGUCAUUCAACAGGAAUAAGAAUGGCGGUUCCGAGAGCCGCAGCAGCCCGAACAGCAAGGAAGCCAACGCGACAGAGCGCAGCAGCGAUGAAUCCUCCCCAAGGGCCGACCACGAGGCCGGGGGCGGCGAUGGCGGCAAAAAGACUGAGGUGAUCCGUGCAGGGACGCCAGAGUCGCCCGUAAAGACGGCCAAGCCGCCGCAGGCGCAGCCGCAGGAGGUGGCCGCCAAGUAGUCACGUGAAGCCAGAGUGUGCCUUAUGGAAAGGGCCGCCCACGUCGCAACACAGCAAUAUAAUCUGGUAUCCAACUCCAUCACAACCUGAUGAGUCUCCACAACACUUGAGCGACUGGGUGAAGCAUUUCAAUGUUAAUUUAGCUUAUUUAACUCUUUAUUACACGCAGAGAAUCAGAUCUUUAUUUAUCAGUUGUUAAUCCAACUACAUAAUGUAUUCGAUGUUGUAUUCUACGCAUUUUCUAUUUACUUUCAUCAGAAUAAUAUUUAUGUUAUACCGUGAUAAAUUUUUAUUUUUGUUGUUUUUUUUUAUAUUAUUUGUGAUAAUAUUAGUAGGAUUAAGUUUUUGUGUCAUCGCUGUCAGCGAGUCUUUAUGGUGGCAUUUUGUAACGAACAUUUUUGUUACAUACCUGUUAAAUUAAUAAUUGAGUUUAAUAAAGUUCGAUCUUAAAAAAGUA